AUGAUUCUCAUCCAUGUGACGGCCGUAAUUUGGAGACUAGCUGUGUUCUGCACGUCCGCUCGAAGCCAUUUUGGAGUAAACUCAGAGACGAGAUUGGGAGAGAUAUACAGUGUGCGUCUGUUGCAAAAGCUUCAUCUCUCUAUCAUUCUAACUGAUAUAGUAAUGGCGCCAGAUCAGAAAACCUUCGUCUUUAGUGAGGUCUCGAAGCACAACAAAACUCUGGACUGCUGGGUUAUCAUCUCCGGAAAGGUUUUUGAUGUAACUCCAUUUAUGGAAGAUCACCCUGGAGGUAGUGAAGUGCUACUAGCAGCAACUGGUAAAGAUGCUACGAAUGAUUUUGAAGAUGUUGGACACAGUGAAGAAGCUAGAGAUCUGAUGGACAAAUAUUACAUUGGUAAGAUCGACAAAUCAACUGUUCCAGCAAAACGUCAAUACGUUUUAUCUGAAAAUCAAAGUUACAGCUCAAACAAGAGUGGAUUCAUCGUCAAGAUAUUACAGUUUUUGGUGCCUUUUAUAAUUUUGGGAUUAGGUUUUGCAGUCAGAGCUUACACCAAAGACAAAUCUGAUUGAUUUUAUGUCGUGUAGUUUAAUAAAAAUGCAUCAUUAGAUUAUUCAAAUUACAAUUUAGUGGUGCAAAAGUAUUUUGGGCAAAGUGUGUUGUUUGUUCUUUGAGUUAAAUGCAAGAGUCCAAGGGGCCUUGUGUGAAAAUCAAAGGAGAUCUCAUAAUUUUUUUUUGUUAAAUAUUAUUAAAUAAUUUUGCUACCGCUAAAUUCAAAAUUUAAACUUGCUAACAUACAUCUCGUAAAUUACUACCACAACAUCACGUCG